AUUUUUUUCAAGAAGAGAAAACAAAACUCUCGGCGAAAAACUAAUUUCACUUUUGGUUUUUAUCAAUGUCUGUGUUUGGGUGACUCUGUAAUGCAUUCGGAACGGAUCGAUAUAUUGCAUAAAUAAUUCUGCGAGUAAAAGAAAACUUGGUACAGAUAUGGGGGAGAGAAGCCUAUAAAGUCACAGCCAACGCCAAAGCAACCAGUUUCGAUAUUGACGAUCCAGUUACUGCUAAGAUGGACACAGACUGUUAUAAUAUUUCAAGCCAACCUGAUGAUGUUAUAGAUAUAAGUAAUGAUGAUGAUGAAGAGGAGGAGGAGGAGGAAGAGCCUAUUUAUAACAUCAGUGACAGUGAAAAGGAGCAAAAUGACAGGCAGUCUUCGUUGCAUGCAAACUCUAAACAGACUGAACAGAAAACAAAAUCGAAAUGGAAAUCCACGCCUCUCUGUUUGUUCCACUGUGAGUUCUGUGACCAACAGUUUUUGGACAGUGAACUUCUUGCACUUCACCGAAGGCGUCACCAUCCUGUUUCCCAGGUGACCCAAAACGUUGGGGACAGUACUACAAAUCAGGUUGAGAUUAGAAUUGAUGACAGCAGCAGUGAGAGUGAGAUGAAUGAAGGUGAGCUUUACCACUGUGAAGUUUGUGGCAAGCUGUUUACAGAUGCCAGUCUGGUGCAGCAGCAUCGCCGUGCUCAUUAUGGUGUCAAACUAUUCCAGUGUGAUGUUUGCGGCAAGAACUUUUCCGAGAGGAGUCACCUGUCACGCCACAAACGCACCCACACAGGAGAGAGACCAUUUGGCUGUGAUAUAUGUGGCAAGUAUUUUGCCCGCUCAGACAAACUCCUCAGACACAAACGAAUACACACGGGAGAGAAACCAUAUCACUGUGAAAUAUGUGGUAAAGUGUUUGGGAGAUCCGAUAAACUGUUACAACAUAAACGAACACAUUUGGAGAAUUAGUGUUAGAGAUAUAUUUCUACUGCGAAGAGAGUUGUAUUGAGACUGCAGAGCAUCAGACUAGAUAUUUUAAAGUGUUUAGUUUUGUCUUUCUGCAAUCUAAGAUCAAAUUCUGUCAAAGUUCACAUACACAAUUAUAUUUUAUACUCUACAGCAAAGGUGAAUCACAAGUACAUACGAACCUGCUGAGUUCAGAUAUGUCCUCAGAAAAAUAAUGAAGCUUUAUUUUAUGCAUGCAAUCACACUAAGUAACAUUAAUCAAAUUGCAAUGAUGUAUUAAUUAACCAGUGAUAAUGAUUUAAAUCCUAUAAAACCAGUGUAUAAUGUU